AUAUAUACACUAUUUUGCCAAAAUUAUUGGGACACCCCUCCAAAUCAUUGGAUGCAGGUGUUCCAAUCACCUGCAUGGCCACAGGUGUAUAAAAUCAAGCACUUAGGCAUGCAGGCUGCUUCUACAAACAUUUCUGAAAGAAUUGGUGACUCUCAGUGAAUUCAAGUGUGCUACCGUGAUAGCGUGUUACCGUGAUAGGUUGCCACUUGUGCAAAAAGUCCAUCUGUGAAAUUUCCUUGCUACUAAAUAUUCCACAGUCAACUGUUAGUGGGAUUAUAACAAUGUGGAUGCAUCUGGGAACGACUGUAACUCAGCCACAAAGUGGUAAGCCACGUAAAAUGACAGAGUGGGGUCAGUGCAUGCUGAAGCGCACAGUGCGCAGAAGUCACCAACUGUCUGCAGAGUCAAUAGCUAAAGACCUCCAAACUUCGUGUGUCCUUCAGAUUAGCACAACAGAGCGAAGAGAGCUUCAUGGAAUGGGUUUCAGCUGCAUCCCAGCCUUACGUCACCAGAUGCAAUGCAAAGCAUCGGAUGCAGAGGUGAAAAGCACACCGCCACUGGACUCAAGAGCAGAGGAGCCGUGUUCUCUGGAGUGACCAAUCACGCUUCUCUGUUUGGCAAUCCGAUGGAUAUGUCUGGGUUUGUCGGUUGCCAGGAGAACGGUACUUGUCUGACUGCAUUGUGCCAAGUGUAAAGU